CGCAUGCGCAUGCGCAUUCUUUUCCACCGGCAGUGUAUUUUGUCUACACGUGAGAUAGUACACAUUGCGUGUAGAAAUUUAUUUUUUUGUGUAAUUUUUAGCCCAUUAAAAGCAACCAAACAUGUCUGAUCAUGAAGAAACCUUUGAGGGGGCAGAUGCCGGUGCAUCCGCCACCAUCCCCAUGCAGUGCAGUUCUUUGAGGAAAAACGGUCACGUGGUCCUGAAAGGUCGCCCCUGCAAAAUUGUGGAGAUGUCUACUUCCAAAACUGGCAAGCACGGUCACGCAAAAGUUCAUCUUGUGGGACUUGAUCUGUUCACCAACAAGAAGUAUGAGGAUAUAUGUCCCUCCACACAUAACAUGUCUGUGCCUGUGGUCAAUCGCCAGGAUUACCAGGCUGUUGGUGUAGAAGAUGGAUACCUUCAGCUGAUGGACGACGGUGGUGAUAUUACUGAAGACUUGAAAGUUCCCGACAAUGAUCUUGGAAAGGAAAUCAGUGAGAAAGUCGAAAAGGGCGAAAAUAUAAUGGUUACCGUGUUGAAGGCUAUGGGUGAAGAGAUGGCAGUGGGUAUCAAGAACGCCAAGGAUUAAAUUUCUACUGGACGAACGACCUACAUUGUGGCUGACAAUGCUUGACGAAUUUGGAAAUUUUGUAUUGUAUAAAAGAGCAGUUGUGACACUAAUAUCAAACAUCCUGUUCAGACCUGUGCUUUUUCAUAGCCGCUUCUGCUCUAGUUUGGUUUCCUUCAGAAUACGUUUGGCUCCUAUUGGAUUUUACCAUCUGUGCUCGCUAGCUGAUUGGCCUUAGUCAGGAAGGAAGACAGCUGAGCUACGAAAAUUGUGUUCUUGCUCGAAGAAAAUUACAGGGUCAAAAUGUGCUAAAUUCUAUUACUGUGCGAGUGGUGAUUUUCAACAUAACAGGUAUACUUUUUUUUUCAUUCAACACUAAUUCAUUGUGUAAUGAUUUGGUUUCUUGUGUGCAUAUUUUCCUGUCUUUCUGAAGGUUUUGUCCCUGAAACCUUCACCUCCCCACCCCCUUUACUGUGAAGUAAGAUAUUGACUGACCCCUUUUGGAGCCACUCAUCCGAGAUGCCAUGAUGUUCAGUAAACUUGUCGGGGUGGUUUGACAGUAGAGCAUGCACAUGUAGAAUUUAGUUUAUGACAUUUUUGUCUUUUCCAGUUUUGUGCCAUGUGCGUAAUGUUCUCUGUUCGUGUUCAGGUUUUGAGCAAGGUUGUGGGUGGUUUGCUACUGUUGUCGUGGACAGUUUGCAAAAAUUUGCCUUUUCUUCCUUCUCAACAAUUUGAGCACAUGGAAUGUUAUCACUGCGGUGGUUUAAAACUGUGUGUGUGUGUCCCCUGAUCGCUGGUCAUCUAGUGUUCAAUAAUAGUCAUAAUGAAAAUCUGUCGAGAAAUUUCUGUAACACACUCACACUCUUUGUUCCCUCCUCUUCAAUUUACUAAAUCAUAUUAGCAUGUUUUUUUGGUUUUUUUUCAUUUAACUAGUUGCUUUGCAAACAGAACCAUUCUUACGUGCUGGUGAGGUUGAGAAUGUCAUGGUUUUUCUUUAUUUUUGGUCCCAGUGUUAUCAACUUCCACUUUUCUUGAUGUUUGCAAGAAGCUUAUUUUUGUAGUAUCAUACAGUGGGGAAUGGAAAAAACAAACUAUGGAAAUGUCUUUGUGCAUGCAUGUGCUAUGUGGCAGUCAUUGAUAAAUCAAGUCUUCAGUCAUAAAUAUUUGAGGGCGUGAGUGGAGUUUUUGUUGUUGCUUUUGUGUUUUAAACCUUGAAGUGUACAUGGGCAUUGGUUGAGACAGGAAGAAAUGUUAUCAGUGCAGGAGGUGUUUUACUGUCACUGUAUGAUGAGACCCACAAAGUUUGAUUUCGCAUUUGUUUCCCUCUGUUGGAACUUGUAAAACUGCAUUUGUUGACAUCAUCCUUUCUUCUAUCACAUGCCCUUCCCCUCCCCCCUCUCCUCGACACAUUUAUUCACAUGUUUGUCAGUGCAACAGGAAAGUCAGGAGUUAGUGGGAGAAUGUUUACUGCGAUUUGCGAAAAGUUUCCCCAUUGACCCAUCGAGGUUAUGUCAUUUGAACUUUGAAUUAAGAACUAUGCAAGAAAACAGCUGAGUGGUCAGUGUUGUACGAUGCUGGGCGGGACAGCGAUAGGCGCGUCUCGGCUUGUCCGCUCUCCAGGUGAUGUCCUUGGCAUUACAAACACUGUGGGGAUUAAUUCUCUACCUAUAUCCAAGAGUCGAGUUGUGAUUCCAUUCCAUGUAACAUUGUUUGGGGUUUACAUCUAUCUUUGCUGAUAGUUCCCUUAGAUUUUGAGACGGCUCGUUUUGGGUACUCUCUGGCAGUGCACAUUGAAGAAACAACUGGUGGAAGUGGGAGCAACGUAAUCAAUUAGUCCCCAUAAUCUUAAUUGGUGAUUGCAAUCAUUUACAGAAUCUAUGGGAGGGUUGGUAGCAAAGCGAACAGUGGGGGGGGGGCAGUCUAGCUGUGUUGAGAGCUCGCGUGCUGCUGCCAGUCGUGCAGUCUACACACAGUUGUACGUGUUCUCAUGUCAAUAAGAUCUUGUUUUAAAGGUAACAAACCAAGUAAUUUAAUGAUGUGUCUUAUUUUUUUGGAACGGGUUUUUCAGAAGUUGGCCGGGUGCAUGCGGCGGUUUGAAAGUGUGUCUUUGAGUGUGAGGGCAAAUUUGGAAUGUGUCUGAUUGUGUGAGAGUUGAUGCUUGAUUUUGUAGGUCCACUUCAUCUGUCCUAUUGAAAUAAAAAUAAUGAAACACUUCAA